CACUUUUUAAAAAGUAACAGGGCAUGGUAAGCUUCGCCAUCUCAGUGUGUGGGUUUUAGUGAUACUGUCCCAGGUCCCCUGCAGAUCAAGGACACACUCCGCCGCUCGUGUAAGUCAAGUAAGCAUGCACAAGGUGAAACAAGUCCUCCAGCAUUAGAAACACCAGGGAGACUUGCUGUUCUUCAGAAUCUGCAGGGAGUCACAGUUCGCAGUUGCUGGUUGUAUGUGCCACGUGUGAAUACAGCACAACCCAACUUUCUCCAAAUGUUUCGGUUCCUGCGGACAGUGAUUCAGAUGCGAAACAUAAACUUGUUGCUGUCAGUGUUUUGUGUUUGUUAUCUGUUGUAUUCAACAUGUGAAACUAGUGAUCCAUGCGUACAAGCAGAACAUGAUAAGUACUUCUGCACCUUAAUACCGCAUGCUUCAUGGUAUCCAUCAAAUAUAAAACUCCUUUUGUUCAAAGUGGAGAGUGGGAUUGGGUCUAUCAAUUUCACCACAUUCAACAGUUCAAGACUUACUUCUGUCUCCAACCUAACAAUCACCAACAGUGGUGUUACAAGUAUUGCACAAGGAGCUUUCAGUUCUUUCCUCAGACUCGUUGUGUUGAUUCUAAAUGACAAUAAAUUAUCUACCAUCAGUGCCUCCUGGUUUGCCAGCCCUGCAAGCCUGGUAAAACUUUCCUUGUUCAGGAACAGGAUUCAUACAAUUGAUGUCACCAGUCUAUCCAACCUUUCCAAUCUGGUUGAACUCAAUCUUUCUCAAAAUGUAAUAAGUGAUAUAGCAGACCAAAGUUUCAGGAGUAACUUGAAGCUGUCCAUCCUUGCUCUUUCCAACAAUAACCUGACUUUUCUGAGGACAGAGACUUUUGCAGGCCUUCAUCUCAAGAAGCUUGGCCUUCAGGACAAUCCUUGGAUCUGCUCCUGUGAACUUGCAGAUUUUGCAAACUUCCUAGGAGAUCUGGUUAACAAGUCUGUUGUUGAUGGGUAUUCAAUCACUUGCCAUGAUCCUCCCAACUUGCAAGGCAGCCUUGUCUGGAAUAUAUCUGAAUUUGGCUGCAAGAUCAGUGCAGAUACAUCCUGGCCCAGCCAACAUGUAGCUUCUGAGAAUCUGUUCCCAAGAUUACUUGGGCUGCUAGGGCUGCUUUUCAUUCUCCUUCUAUUAGUUCUUCCACUAUUGAAAAGGAAACAGGAAAAGAAACAGAUAAUACCAGGAAGCCAAACAGAUAAUAAACAGGAGAAUGACCUUCAAAUGGAGGAUCCUACUGGAAAAUCUAAUUUUGAAAUGCAAGCAGUCAAUUCAUUGACAGGAGUGGAAGUGAACAAAAUACACAAAUCAUCGCAAAUAGCCAGGGUUCAACAAGCAAAUGAAAUUCCUCCCAAGGAUCUGCCUGAAUUAAUGUGGUGUGAUCAAGAGAUCUCAGACAUUUGUGUAUCAACAUCUCAGUUGUUUACUGAGAAUUCAGAAUGUAUAAAAUAUGAGCGAUUCACAAGUAAACAGGAAAAGGAAAUGUCUAAUGGCGGUUCAUCCCUUGAAAAUCAAUCAGCAGGAAUCCUUGAUUAUGGAACAGUGAACGGUUCAAAAUUAUUGUCCAUGUCACCCUUCCAGAACCAGGGAAGGCCUGAUUUAACCCAGAGGAAUAAGAAUGGAAAUGGCAAACCUGUAGGAAUGAUCAUACCAUUAUCCAAAGUGAAUCCUGAUGAGAACCUGGCUCUCACUGCCUCAGUGGUGAGUGGUAAACAUGCUGCAGUGACAAAUUCACUGAAAGGAGACAAAUUAAUUAAAGAUGAUGCUCGUGAGAUAUAUGAUUCAAGAUGUUUAAUGAACAGUGUAAAGCAACGUGGCAAGGAAAGUGAAAUGCCUGAGAGAAAUGAAAGUCAAGGAAAUAUUGCACAAAUUGAAACAAGGGUUUUGGGUGACGGAAGUAAGGAAUCAAGCCUAAGGAACGAUGAGAAUAUUCUGAAGUACUCCGCCGGAGUAGGCAAACCUACUUCAUUGAUAACGGGGGACAUAUCAACAAACAAAAGUGUGAGAAGAGGCCAGCUCAGCUCUGAGGCCGUAAUCCUUCCAGGCUCAAGGUGUGCUCCAGCCACACCAAACAAUGAGACAGUGGCUAAUACAAGCUCAUCAACCAAAGAUAAUCCUUGGGGCAGUGACUAUGGAUAUGCUAAUCUUUUACAUGAAAUUGUGGAAAAUCAAGGACGCCGUACCAGAGAGCGUUGGAAGCAAAGCCAUCGGUUUAAAAUAGCACAUCAAGUCUAAUACUUUCUGGUGCCUGGUCAGUAGAUUAGGUUGCAAACUGAGUUGAGCCUUAAAGCACUUGAAAUAAGAGACUGGACACACAAAGGCAAGCAUACAAUGAUUAAUUUUGAAUUAUCCUGAUAGUACUUUGGGGUGGUGUGAGUUAGGAUAGGGCUACACUAUGUUGAGUGUGUACUAACAUAUAGGAAGGAUGUACAUAUGAAUAUGUAACUGCACACACAAACAAGAGAAAACCUGCAGAUGCUGGAAAUCUGAGCAACACACAUAAAAUGCUGGAGGAA